AUGUUAGAGGCAGACGGGACUAGCGCGGAUUGGCGAAAGUUUGUACUUAUUCGGUCACGUGAUUUGAUGGUAGCUCAGGUGGAGCCUUGGGAGCUUCACAAGACGUUGAACACCCACCCACUCUCAAACAACCACCAAGCCUUCAAGAUGGAGGGCCUCUUCUUCAAUGUUAACAAUGGCUACAUCGAGGGAAUCGUCCGUGGCUACCGCAACAGCCUCUUGACGAGCCAGAACUACAACAACAUGACACAGUGCGAGACUAUUGAUGAUCUCAAACUUCAACUAGGCCCUGCAUAUGGGGAUUUCCUUUCGUCUUUACCUCCGAACCCCUCCACUUCUUCUCUCGCAGCAAAGACGACAGACAAACUGAUAUCGGAGUUCCGCUAUCUGCGAGCAAAUGCUGUCGGGUCGCUGGCAAAGUUCAUGGACUACCUGACGUACGGUUAUAUGAUCGAUAAUGUUGCGCUCCUCAUUACAGGGACGCUGCACGAAAGAGACACUAGGGAACUAAUGGAGAGAUGCCACCCUCUUGGCUGGUUUGAGACCAUGCCGGUUCUCUGCGUCGCCACGAAUAUGGAGGAGUUAUACAACAGCGUGUUAAUCGAGACACCUCUUGCGCCUUAUUUCAAGGGCAGCCUGAGCCACCAAGAUCUUGACGAGCUGAACAUUGAAAUUGUUCGAAACACACUUUACAAGAACUAUUUGGAGGACUUCUACAACUUUGUCACCACGGAUUCUGAUAUUGCCGGCACCCCUACGAGCGAAGUCAUGUCAGAAAUGCUAGAGUUUGAGGCCGACCGCAGAUCGAUUAACAUUACGCUGAACUCGUUCGGCACUGAACUAUCAAAGCAAGACCGCAAGAAGCUGUACCCAACCUUUGGCAAGUUAUUCCCCGACGGGAUUCUGAUGUUGUCGAGAGCAGAUGACAUUGAAGGUGUACGCCUAGCUGUCGAGGGUAACUCGGAUUAUAAGUCAUACUUCGACCAAACAGGGCUGGGACAAGGUGGUGGUGUUGGCGCUGGAAACAUGAGCGGUGGUGCGGGGAGCGACACCAAAAGCUUGGAAGAUCUCUUCUAUCAAAAGGAGAUGGAAAUUUCCAAGAAUGCCUUUACAAGACAAUUCACAUAUUCGAUUGUAUAUGCAUGGAUUAAGCUGCGGGAGCAAGAGAUCCGCAAUAUCACUUGGAUUGCAGAGUGUAUAGCACAGAAUCAGAAGGAAAGGAUUGGGAACUAUAUCAGCGUAUUCUAG